GAGAACACCAAAUCAAAAUCCUUUGGGAGCGAAGAUAUCAAAUUUUCUUCCCUAUCCAACCGUCUCACCACCGUAUGCUCGUCUCCUCUUUGUCAUACGCAGAACUCAAAUUAGCCCCUAAAUUCCCUCGCGCUCAAUAGCCACUCCACUCAUCCUUCUGCUGCACUUCUUCUAUACACUUACGUAUCUAUUUCAAUCGCGUACAGUACAUCGUUCAGUGGGCAAUUCUAUUUUUGUUUUCAAACGGAAGCAUUUGUCUGGGUUUGCUGUCUGAUUUUCUCUGGCUUUGAGGGGUUUUUGUUGCCUUAAUGUCAGAUGGGGCUCGGGUUUCGUUUGAUUCUUUUUUAAUUUGCAGUGCCAAUUGCUUCACUAUGGAUUCCGGAUCGAGUGGCCAGGAACCCACUUCUUGGGAAGACCUUUGCAGCAUCAAUUUGAUGCCCUCGGAAUUGUUUUUGAAGUUCCGCAAAGAGUUGCAGGGCUUUCGAGUUGGUAUCAAUUUGGAGUUCUACAAUGCUCCAUGUAAUGAAUAUGAGGCCAAGCUUGUGCUGAAGCCAUUAUAUCCGAACCAAAGAUGGAAAUUCAUCUACGAGCCAAUCCGUCAAGACAUACGUCUUCUAUCCAAAAAGAUUCCUGUAACCAGGUUUCUGAAUCUUCAGGUUGGUAUUGGACAUAAUUUUCAGAUGCACGCCACCGGUUGGAAAUGGAAGCUAACCACAUGCUUGGGUGGAGAUGGUGUAUCUCGCAUACGAAACAAGACAUCAAUCAGCCCUUUUCCAGGAAUGGAUUUUCGCUUCGGAUGGAGGGCAGAUUACGUGCUGCCUGAAAUUACAGGGGCUCUGGGUACCGGUGAACCGUUGUUUAACAUGAACUCGGGAAAGCUAGAAGCCUCACUUGAUAGAAUUGAGGCCAUUGUCACUCACAGUGAUGAACCUUGAUGGACAAUACAACCCGAAACAUCCCUAGGAUUCAGUCAGGAGUCUGUCACCGACUUCGUUCACCAUUUUGCAGAUUUGUCAGCUCCAAAUCAUCCAUUGUUGAGCUUGAGAAAGGUGAAGAGGAUAGCAUUAGCAGCUAUAUACUUCAAAGCGUCUAAAAGAUGAAAAUUUACCAGGUUUAUUUUCUUAGGAUGACAAAAUUGUUCUGUCAUUAAUCCAAUUCAAUAUUCUCUACAAGUUUGCUUUAGAUUUUGUAUAAUCUCUACGAUUAGCUUUGCAGAUUUGUCACUUCUCUCCCCUCCAAUUACUCAUGGAGUACAUUUUAUUUGUACAUUUGAGAAUCAACAAAGUUUAGGAAACUUGUGGAAGACUGAUAAUUGAUA